GGCACUGGCGGGCCUCCUCCGAGAGGGAGGCUGGAAAUGGCGGCUGGGCGCGGGGGCGCGAGGAGGCGGCGGAGGGCGGCGGCGGCGCCCGCGGACGACGGCGGCGACCAGGCGAGCCUGCCGAGGGCCCCCAGCGGAGCGGCGCCGGGCCCGGGACCCCGCGCCUAGGAGGCCCGCCCCCCGCGCCAAGCACAUGCGAGUGUUGGAAGCCAAAGCCACCAAAGAGGCCGAAAGGAAAUUAAGCAGGGAAUUGGUGCAAGAGGAGGAGGAACAGUUGAUGGAAGAGAAGAGAAAGAGGAAAGACGACAAGAGAAAGAAAGGAGCUGCUCAGAAGAAGGCCACUGAACAAAAAAACAAAGUGUUAGAACCCGCAAAGCCUGGUGCCAGCCAGCCACUCCCUGCUUCAGCCCCUCCUCCCGCGUCUAUAGUCACCGGCAGUAUUAGUGGCAACAAUAAUGCCAAGCGGGCUGUGGGCAACAAUCCGCAAGCGCAGCAGCCAUCUUCACCACGCUACCCACCUCGAGAAGUGCCGCCACGGUUCCGGCACCAGGAGCAGAAGCAACUCUUGAAGCGAGGACAGCCACUGCCGGCGAUUGCUACCAACCUGACGGCGCCAUCUAAAUUGCUGAACAGCCAGGCGGGCGACAACACCGGGACCCGUGAGCAGCCGGUCUCUGACAGCCAAGGACACAGCAGCAGCCAGAAGCAGCCCGAUCUGAACCACAGCACACUUGGAUCCCAUUAUGAGAAUGCUCACUGGGAAAGGAUCUUUUCCAGUAGUGAAUCCAGCACAAACUGGGAUAAAACUGUUGUAGACGGUUCAGAGAAGGAGGCAUGGCCCUCGACCCCCAGCAGUGACUUGCAGCUGGCUUCAGAAUGUAUGGACGCUGAUUCUGCCUCAAAUUCUGGGUCAGAGAGGAACAUUAUUAUGGCCUCACGGGGCCCAAGCAGUGAAGUCAGCCACCUGCAGAACGGCAUUGGACACGCUAAUCAGGCCAAGCUUGUCAGCAGUAGCAACAGCAAUAAUGUGAGCAGCGGAAGCAUUAGUGAGUCAUGGGGCGUGUCUCUGGGUGCCUUGAUGAGCCCCUGUCCCCUUUCAGCAGAUGCUUCCAAUGGCAUCCCUGAAAGUAGCAACAAUAGAGUGAAUGCUUGGGGCACCCCCAGUUCAGCCAAUGAAGAAUUAAAUUCCAGCACUUUGACGUCCAAUGGCCACGGUGGUGCCUGGCCAGUCUUGGAGAGCAGCGGGCAUGCCCUAAAAGGGUCCCGAGGAAGCGGCAGCUGCGGCACAGGUGCCGUUCAGAUGGUGAACAAUCAGAGUGUGAACUCUAGCCUUGCCAGCUCCUGGGGCAGCCUCCAGGAAAACUGUGAUUCCCAACUCAAUGGUACAAGGAAACUUUCACGAAGUGGGCAGCCUCAGAACCCGAACCACGAAGUGAAUGGACCAAAUAAGAACACUACUAACUUUAUGACCUCUAGUUUACCAAACCCAACUGGUUCAAUGCAGACGACUGAACUGGUUAGUAAUGCAGGGCCCGGGACCUGGGGCCGGAGCGCCAAAAGCAAUCGGCCUCAGCCUCCAGCCUCCCCAGUAACAAACGGCACUUCCAUUUCGCACCUGAGCAAUGGUGACACAAAAAAUGGUGGGGCUCCUGGUACUAGAUGGGGUACCUAUGGCCCUGGUUACUCCCUAGAGACCCGUUCUGACUCAAAUAGCCAAGCUAACAAUGACACUGUGAAUGCAACGCCAAUGCAGCCUGGGCUGAGUAGGACCAGCAGCUCAACCAUGGAAAUAAGUGAGGAUCAGCAGACAGGGACGUGGGAGGUGGCAGGCAUGGGCACUAGCCAGAAUGGGGCCUGGGGGCCUAGAAGUGGAAUGGGCCACGGAGGAGCCCGGAGAGGCUCUGCCCAGAAUGCCAGCUUAGGAGAUGGCGAAUGGAACAAGCUCCCGAGCAGCCAUUCCUCUGAAGCCAGCAGUGGGAAUGGGAAGAUGUUUACCAAUGAAUGGAAAUCUGCCAAGGAGGAGAAGGCGGGUGUGGACCCCCAGUGCUGCGCAGUUCCCCAGGCACUGGAACAGAAUGGUGGGUGGACCAAGGCUGGUUCUGGAGACGGUGACGGCAAUCUCGAGGUCCCCGAGGAGCGCUCCUCCACAGAAGGGGCAAGCCAUGAAAGAAGGAAAAUUGACCAGCAAACACUGCUUCAAAGUAUAGUGAACAGAACAGAUCUGGAUCCACGUGUCCUUUCCAAUUCUGGUUGGGGGCAAACCCCAAUAAAACAAAACACAGCCUGGGAUACAGAGGUGACUCCAAAGGGCGAAAAGAAAGCUGACAAUGGAACAGAAGCCUGGGGGGGUUGUGUGGCCCAAGCCUGCAGUUCAGGGCCAGCUCCGGAGAGGCCCCAUCUCCAUGGGCCCAGUCCUUCCCCUGGGACAAGCUGGGGUGAGCCUAAGUCUGCAAGCAGGUGGGGAGACUCCAGAGGCCCCAGCAGCCAAGGAGGUUGGGAAGAGGGCGCAGCACCCGCCGUGGCCAAGAACAGCCAGUCGUGGAUGACGGGCCAAGAGGUCCGGGCUCCAUCUCUGACCUGGAACGACACAGAGAAGCUCAAGCAGGGAUGGGGAGAAGGGCCCAAAGCCAGCCCCGGAUGGGCUGGCGACGGCUGGGGGGAGAACAUGAGGAACAAUCAUUGGGGAGAGUUGAAGAAGUCCAGUUCUGGCAGUAGCGACAGCGACAGGUCCACCUCCUGCUGGAAAGAGCCUGCUAGAUCGAACUCUGGGCGCUGGGGUGGGGGGAAUGGCGGCAGCACCAAGCCAGGCAGCGCUUCAGGGUGGGAGGAGACCACCAAGCCAAAUCCCAGCCCCGUGUGGGCGGAAUCCCCCAAGCCAAAUCGCUCCCAGAGCUGGGGGGAGCCUUCCAAGCCCUCAGGGUCCCCAGACUGGAGCAAGCAGCAGGAAGCUGCGUGCUGGGGGGGGGCAUCUGUGGCGGCGGCUGCAAGCAAACCGUCAGGUAUGGGAUGGCUGGGGAGACCCAUGCCGGCCCCAGUCAAAGAAGAAGAGCCCACCGGGUGGGAGGAGCCCUCCCCAGAGUCCAUUCGUCGUAAAAUUGAGAUUGAUGACGGAACCUCUGCGUGGGGCGACCCGAGCAAAUACAACUACAAAAACGUGAACAUGUGGAACAAGAACACCCCGAAUCCCGUGGGCCGACCAGACGUGCAAGCGCACCAGCCACGGUUGCCCUCGGCUUCCGCAGCCGGCACGGAGAGCGGGGCUGGCAGUAGCUCCGGUUGGGGAGAACCUCCUCCUGCGCCUGUUACAGUGGAUAAUGGCACAUCAGCAUGGGGUAAACCUGUUGACUCUGGUCCAAGCUGGGGAGAGCCUGUCGGUGAUGCCAUCGGUGCCAGUAGCUGGGGAAAUGCUUCUGGCGGGCAACAGGCGUCUAAUAAAGCAGCAGGACCUAAGUCUAUGCAAGUUCCCGAUGGCUGGUGUGGGGGUGAUAUGCCUUUGACGGGGAAUCCUCCAACCAGCUGGGAGGAAGAGGAGGAUGUGGAGAUAGGCGUGUGGAACAGCAACUCUGCUCAAGAUGCUGCUGCGCCUUUGCACUGGCCCCCGUGCUCAAAAAAGAUGCCUUCAAAGGGAACAAUGAAAAGUGGAAAUAAGCAAGAUGAAAUGUGGAUAAAUCCCUUCGUGAAGCAGUUUGCCAAUCUUGGGUUCCCUAGAGACUUGCCAGAAGAAAUGAUGCAGAGCAAUAAGAUAGAGCUAUCUGGAGGAAUCUUGCCUGACAAGCGGAUGGAGCUGGAGAAGCAUAACCUGAAUGUUGGUGAAGGCAGCCGGGCGAUUGGGAAAAGUCCUGGCUCCCGUCCCCAGAUUGCCAAAGAGUCUUCCAUGGACAGAAGUCCUUAUUUCGAUAAGGAUGGCCUGGUAGCCGACGAUUCCCCAAACAUGCAGUUCAUGCCCAGUCAGAAUGGGAAGUUUCCCCCUUCCAACAGUGCACUACCUAACCACGUCCUCAGCUCCCUAACGGGGCUGAGCGUGCAAAGCUUGAAUUCUGUUAGACAGAACGGCAAUCCCAGCCCCUUUGGAAAUCUCACAGCACAAGCCCGGACGAUGCAGCCAUCUCCAGCACAGCCUCCUCUUCACUCCUCUCAGUCCAACCCCCGCGCUCAAGUGCCUCCUCCAUUACUCUCCCCUCAGGUUCCAGUAUCCUUGCUGAAGUAUGCACCAAACACCGGGGGCCUGAGCUCACUCUUUGGCCCACAACAAGUAGCCAUGUUGAACCAACUCUCCCAGUUGAACCAACUCUCCCAGUUACAGCGAUUGCUGGCCCAGCAGAGGAAAGUGCAGGGCCAGAGGAACACGCCUGCAAAUGGCCGCCAGGAGCAGCAGCAGCAGCAGCAGCAGAAUCGCCCUCUUAAUAUGCAGCAACAAAUGAUGCCACCAUCUUGUCAGCUCGAUCCAAGUCUGCUGAUGAAGCAGCAGGUGCCUCCAUCACAACAGCAAUUCCAUCAGACAGCCAUAAAAUCUUUCCUGGAGAAUGUUGUUCCCCAUGCUAACCAAGAGUUGCAGAAGGGGCCAUCUCAAAUCAACGCAUUCAGCAACUUUCCUAUAGGAAUGAACGCAAACUUGAAUGUAAAUAUGGAUAUGGGCAGUAUUAAGGAGCCGCAGUCCCGGCUGAGAAAGUGGACAACUGUGGACAGUAUUUCCGCCAACACAUCUCUGGAUCAGAAUGCCAGCAAAAAUGGUGCUAUUUCCAGUGGCUUUAGAAUGGAGGAGACGUCGUCCUUUGUUCCCUACGACUUCAUGAGCAGUAGUAACUCACCAGCCAGCCCACCUGGAUCUGUGGGGGAUGGCUGGCCACGUGCCAAAUCACCAAACGGUUCAAGCAGUGUCAACUGGCCACCAGAAUUUCGCCCUGGUGAGCCGUGGAAAGGUUAUCCAAACAUUGACCCAGAAACUGACCCUUACGUUACUCCUGGCAGCGUCACAAACAGCCUGUCAAUUAACACUGUGCGGGAGGCUGACCACCUCAGGGACAGGAACAGCGGGUCAUCCUCAGCUCUGAACACCACGCUGCCUUCAACUAGUGCCUGGUCAUCCAUUCGUGCCUCCAACUACAAUGUUUCCCUCAACAGUACAGCACAAAGCACUUCUUCAGCCAGAAACAGUGACUCCAAAUCCACUUGGUCUCCUGCUUCCGUUAACAACACCUCUCUGGCCCAUGAGCUAUGGAAGGUCCCUCUGCCACCCAAGAGCAUCACGGCUCCAUCACGGCCGCCCCCUGGACUGACCGGGCAGAAGCUGUCUCUGCCCACGUGGGACAACUCUGUACGAUUUGGGGGUGGCUGGAGCCAUUCGGAAGCCAGAUACACCCCUGGUUCCAGUUGGAAUGAGAAUAGCAGCUCAGGGAGAAUCACCAACUGUCUCGUCCUGAAGAACCUCACACCUCAGAUUGAUGGCUCCACUCUGCGGACCCUCUGCAUGCAGCACGGGCCCCUGAUCACAUUCCACCUGAACCUCCCCCAUGGCAACGCUUUAGUCCGGUACAGCUCAAAAGAAGAGGUGAUGAAGGCACAAAAAUCCCUCCACAUGUGCGUCCUCGGGAACACUACAAUUCUGGCUGAGUUUGCCAGCGAAGAGGAGAUUAGCCGCUUCUUUGCACAAGGCCCGUCUCUGACCCCAACCCCCGCCUGGCAAUCUCUGGGCACCAGCCAGACCCGCCUGGGGACCAUGGACAGCCCCCACGCAUUCUCCAACCGCAGUGACCUGACCCCUCCCUGGAGCGGUCCUGGGCUUUCAGGAACAAGCAGUGGGGACCUCCACGGCACCUCCCUCUGGGGCAGCCCCAACUAUUCCACCAGCCUCUGGGGCUCCCUGGGCGGCAACGACACCAGGGGCCUUGGCAGCCCCUCCCCACUCAAUGCGUUUCUCUCCGUUGACCAUCUGGGGGCCGGGGGAGAGUCCAUGUAACCUUGUUUAGGUGUGAAAAACUGACCUCAAAGCAGCACUAAAUUUGGAUUCCCCCCCUCCCCACCUGCAGCCUCUAGGGGUCAACUGUGGAAAUGGUUACGUCGUGCACAUUUUUCCUCUUUGUUUUAGCCCAAAACAUACCAGUUUGAAUACUUGAAUCAUGCAGGCCAAUAUUAUAAUGUGAAAAGUGAAAAGAUUUACAUUUCCAGGUAGUACAUUGCAUAAUUCAGCCAGUUUCCUACAUAAGAUCAUCAGUUAACUUGCUUGUUUUCCUUGAUUUUUUUUUCCCCCCCCUUUGGCGACUUGCUGAAAAUGUUGGAGGUUGAGCUUUUUAAGCUUUGCACAGACUUGGUCCUUCUUGUAUGAAUGGUAGCGGUGGCAGCUCCUCUCCUCCCCCCCCCCCCGGGCAAUGUUUUGUGGUGGGCAGGCAAGGGGGUGUCUGCUUUGGGUCGGGACGAGCCCCGCUGCCCCUGCGGGUCUGCCUGCCUGGCCACUCGGCACCAGGUGGCCGUCCGUGGUGCCAAACGGCCGGGGCGAAGUCUCUGCCAGGAUGACGGGCAAAAAACGUGUUGCACCUGCCGGCUCCUGUGGAAUCGGGCGGACGGAGCCGAGCAGUUCCUGACGCUGCACACCCAGCAGCCGCCUGGCUGGUGCCCUGCACUUUCAAGAGGCGUUUGGCUUUUGUCUUUUAUUUGGGGGGGGGGGCUCCUGUUGGGCCACUGCCUUGUUUACAGAAGUUUUUUCUUUCUCUUUUUUUUUUAAGAAACAAUGUUUACUCUUCUUCCAUCACUUAGCUAUUUUUUAAAAAAACAAAAGAUGUGGAUGAUAAAGAUGCUUCCUCUUGAUCUCUGGGAAUCACGGGCCGUGCGCGGCCACGUUCCACUUGUUUUUUCUAUCCCCCUCCCGAUCCAAGAGCCUGGCUCUCAGGAAAACGAAGGUCCCCAGUAGAGCUCCUUGUCGUUUCUUAUAGGAAAAUAACUUUUAGCACUGAUUAUUACUUGCUCGGUAAAAUGACUUCUGCCAAAAAUUGCUUCGAUUCGCUGGAGUUUGACAUUCUGUGCUUUCUGAUGCUGUCUUUUUAAUAGUGCGGGCGGGGGGAAGAGGGGGGGGGCUUGGCUGGUAAACUGUAGUUCCCUCUUUUCGUAAAGCCCACCCCGGCUCCCCCCUUCCCGCCCCCCCCCCGUUGUGCCAUUGAUGCUCUUCCUGCUCUUGUGACUGUGUUUCAUGUUUAACCUUAAAGCUGAAGUAACUAUGCAGACUGUAACCAAGGAUUUGGAAUUACAGAACUUUGUUGUAUAAAUUUUAAAUGUUUAAAGUUCCUGCAAAUACUUUUCUUGUGAAAGUGUUAAACUCCAUCUUCCUUUUUUGCCACAAAUGGUAUUAUCUGAUGCUUGUUUAGUCGGAGAAUGAAAUGCUAAACAAGGAUAAAAAAAAAAAAAACCUUUUAACUGUGCCGAAAGAUGCUCUCAUUUCAUUGCCUUGAUUCUAACUGUUGUGUCUGAAGAUGCAAAAGUUGUCAGUGGCUUUUUAACUGUUUACAAAUAGUGUGUGAUUGUAAAAUGUACAGUUUGGGUUGUGUUCAAAUUAUGAAGCUUCUCCAGAUAUUAAUAAAUCAUGACUUUGGGGGCUGCUUA